CUCGGAAAUUCCAGUUUCAGUAUCGGUUCGAGCUUCGAGCGGCGCAGAUAAAAAUAAAAGUCGGUGCUUGACGAAGUUUACAUCUACAACGGACAUGUCGAUAUCAAAAAGUCGCAAAAAAACGCCCCUGCUGUAAAUCUAAAGUUAUUAUAACAGAGAUGUAACUCAUGGAAUAUUAAAUUGCCGAGUGACAACUUGCCUGAGACGAGUUUUCAAGAUCUAGGUUAUGUUUCUGCUUGCGAAUUUACUGCUACAGCGGCCAAGAACCAGGAUCGGUCGCACAGUUAAUCUUUGAAUGUCCAAGUUCAGUGUCUGCAUUUACGGUGUUUAACAAUUUCAAUUAUAUAUAUAGCUGACUAAGUAUUUAACUAUAGUUAAUAAGACUAUCGCGUAAAAAUGGCGCUAAAUCACGCUCUCAGUGCAAUUAUUCUACUAACUUGCAUAGCGUGCUACUACAACAGUUGUUAUUGUGAUUUUGUUUUCGAUGAUAUCAGUGCUAUCAAAGAUAAUCGUGAUUUGAGACCUCACACUCCGAUAUCGAACUUGUUUUUCAAUGAUUUCUGGGGUACACCCAUGCAUAAGGAACAAAGUCACAAAUCCUACAGGCCGUUAUGCGUCCUAACGUUCCGACUCAACUACCUAUUUGGACAAUUGGAACCACUUGGAUAUCAUUUGGUCAACAUGUUGCUACAUUCUGUGGUCUGCUUGAUGUAUUUCAGGAUGUGCUGUAUGUUUCUACCAGACCUAGCCAGUUUUAUAGCAGCAAUGCUAUUUGCUGUGCAUCCGAUACACACAGAAGCAGUGACUGGCGUAGUCGGCAGAGCGGAAACACUCUCAUCCGUAUUCUACCUCGCUGCUUUUCUUUUUUACUCUAAGGCAACGAAAAAUAAGAAAUGUACAGAAUGGAAAUACCUAACACUCUCAAUAGUUUCCAUCGCGACGGCAAUGCUGUGCAAAGAACAAGGAAUUACGAUUGCAGGUGUUUGUGCUGCCUAUGAAAUAUUUGUGAUACAAAAGGUGAAACUAGAAGAUAUCAAACAUUUUCUCAAAUCAGCAGUCCUCGCAAAAUCUAGCUAUCAUUUACCAAAGUCCAACGCAGCCACCAAACGACUUCUGGCCCUGUUUACCGCAAGCAUCCUUCUUCUACUAGCCCGACUUCAGAUAAUGGGCUCACAGCUGCCAGUUUUUACACGAUUUGACAACCCUGCAUCAGUAGCACCUUCGCCAACAAGACAACUAACUUAUCAUUAUUUAAUUGGUGUUAAUUUGUGGUUGUUACUUUUUCCCUGCAAUCUUUGCUGCGAUUGGACUAUGGGAACUAUACCAUUGGUAGAGUCGUUUUUGGAUCCGAGAAAUUUGACAACAGUGGCUACAUAUGGGUUCUUUUUGGCUAUGGUGACUACAGCGUUUAUGACGGAGAAUAGACAUCAGAGUGUAAUAUUGAUAAUGAGUACGGCUCUCCUUGUGUUACCCUUCAUGCCGGCCUCGAACUUGUUUUUCCCUGUAGGCUUUGUAGUGGCCGAAAGAGUCCUUUAUAUGCCGUCAAUGGGAUUUUGUAUGCUCAUCGGCUACGGUUGGCAAAUCCUUUGCAACAAAACCGGAAAAAAGUUGGCCUGGACUUUUGUCUGCCUGCUAAUUCUAUCCCACGGGGCCAAAACCUAUUUGAGAAACUGGGACUGGGAGAAUGAGUACACCAUAUUUAUGUCAGGACUGAGGGUAAAUCAGAGAAAUGCGAAAUUAUUUAAUAAUGUUGGACAUGCAUUGGAAAGCCAAGGGAAGUUUGAGGAAGCUCUAGAUUUCUUCAAAACAGCUGUAAGCGUGCAACAUGAUGACGUAGGAGCUUACAUAAACGUAGGCAGAACUUAUAAUCAUCUAAAGUUAUACAAAGAAGCCGAAGAAGCUUACCUUAAAGCAAAAUCCUUGUUACCGAAAGCCAAACCGGGUGAAUCUUAUCAAGCUCGAAUAGCCCCCAACCAUUUGAAUGUAUUUCUGAAUCUAGCAAAUUUGAUUUCAAAGAACCAUACCAGACUGGAAGAAGCAGAUAUGCUUUACCGUCAAGCUAUAAGUAUGAGAGCGGAUUACACCCAGGCGUACAUUAAUAGAGGCGAUAUAUUAAUAAAACUGAAUAGAACUAAAGAAGCUCAGGAGGUAUACGAAAGAGCUCUUUUGUACGACAGCAACAAUCCCGAUAUCUAUUAUAAUUUAGGGGUCGUAUUUCUUGAACAAGGCAAAGCAUCUCAAGCUCUUGCUUACUUAGAUAAAGCCCUAGAAAUUGAUCCAGAACACGAACAAGCGUUAUUAAACUCUGCUAUACUUCUACAAGAAUUUGGAAGGCCAGAAUUUCGGAAAACAGCUAGAGAAAGGCUGCUGAAGUUAUUAGCCAAAGACAAAAAUAACGAAAGGGUUCACUUUAAUUUAGGAAUGCUUGCUAUGGAUGAUAAGGAUAUUGCUGAAGCAGAGCAUUGGUUCAGAAGAGCUGUUCAUUUGAAGUCUGAUUUUAGGAGCGCAUUAUUCAAUUUGGCAUUACUUUUGGCUGAUGAUAUGAGGCCUUUAGAGGCCGCACCAUUUUUAAAUCAAUUGGUCAAAUACCAUCCAGACCAUGUUAAAGGGCUAAUAUUGCUGGGAGAUAUUUAUAUCAAUAAUAUAAAGGAUUUGGAUGCAGCAGAAAAUUGCUAUAAAAGAAUCCUGGAACUAGAACCAGAUAACAUCCAAGGUCUGCACAACCUUUGUGUAGUCCACGUAGAACGAGGCAAACUCCUAGAAGCCCAAACAUGUCUUGAAGAAGCCCACCGGCUAGCCCCAGAAGAAGACUACAUCAUUAAACACCUCAACAUAGUGCAAAACAGAGUGAGCAAACUUCAUUUGAACGAAGACAUUGCAGACUCCAAAGAAAAAAGCAAAGUAGUAUCAAAUAAAAGUGUAGACGAAAAUGAAAAAACAACACAACCGGUGAUAAGUAAAGAUACUGAAAAGCAGCGGUAUAGUAGUCGUGUUGUAGAUACUGAACCUAUGUUUGUAAAAAAUACUGACAAUACCAAAGAUUAUCCCAAUUUAACGAUUGAAGAAAAAGUAGAAGAAGGCGACCCCAAAGAUUCAACAAGGAAUUAUAGCAGUUCUACAAGGCAACAACAUGCGGUCGAUAAUGACGACCCAUCAUUUGGCAUGUCUUAGCAAUGAAUAAAUGAUUGAAGAGAGAUACUUUACUAAAAUUUGAAACUUAUAAUGAAAUUGAAGAAUCUCUUUUAAAUAUUUUGUAUAUGGGCCAAUAAGUUUUUAAGGUGAGUUUUAUUAAAGCAAAGAUGCUGGAAAGGUAUUUUUUUGCUUUAAGACUGACUUUUGAAUCGUUUGGUGAAGCCAUUAGAUGUAGUGUUCAUUCUGUGAUAUUCAGAAUAAUCGUUUUAAACUAUUUUGAUUAAAGCAAAAAAAAAAUGUCUAAAUAUUCAAUAUGUUCACCUUAUCUUAACUUUUAUAAAAUGAAUCUAAGGGAAGCUGUGCCCCGUAUGUGACUUAGUGUUUACAAUCAUUUUUUCAAUUUCUUAAAACAUUACAGACACUUACAUUUCAAAAUUUGGGUUUACAUAUGCAUAUUUUACCAACCCCUCUUAAAAAAAAAUAUAUAUUUAACUACGCUAAGAGAAAUUUGGACAAUACUUCUACUUUUCUUUUUGUGUACUUUUGUGAUGUUCAAUGACAUUUUUCCAUCAUUAUUUUGUUCCUGAAGUGUAACUAAUAACAAUUUGUAAAGAAUAUAGUAUUCUUAUGACUAAAUUUAUAGACUAAUAUUUUAUUUAUUUUUAUCAAAAAUUUGUAUCUGAUAAAAAUAGUAAGUGUAUAAAUAUUUAAGUAGAACAUUUAAUAUGCCUACAUAUUCUGACAUCUUUUUAUGUUUCAUUUGUCCCAAAAAAUCACGCUAAUUAAUUGAAAAGGAACACCUUUCAAGAAUAAUAAGGAACUAAUUCAUACACUAGUAGAAACACAAAUAAAUUAGUCUUCCCAGUGUGUCAAAAAAUGUAUUAUAGAUAAAUCAUAUUUUAGAAAGGCCUAUAUACAAUAAGAACAAUUUUACCUUACUGUUUAUUGGUCUUUUUUACGAAGAAUCGCGUGUAUUUCCCAACAAGGAUGUAUUUAGAUAGGUAUAAUUAUUAAUUCAAUUCUGUACAGGCGGGAAUGUAUAUUUUUAUACGAUUAGAUUAACAAAAUUAAUUGGAUAUAAAGAGCUAGUCUUGGGAAAUAUAUUUGAAUCUUGAUAUGGCCUAAAUUAGUUUAUUCUAAAUUUGUGAUUAUUUUGUGAUGUUUUUAUUAUUUGUGAUAUACUUAUGUGGUAGGUGUUUUUAGUUGCAAAAGCCUUAUUUGUCACUUUUUUGUUUUACGGCAUAUCUGUACUACUUAUAAACAUAAAAGUUAUACUAACGUUUAUAUAAUAAAUGUCUUGGUGUAAAAAUCCUUUAGCGACUAGUUUUAGGAUAAUCCACGUGGCCAAAUUUGCUGCUUGAAAAAAUAUUUUCUAGUUAUCGUAGUAAGAUUUUCGAAAAAGCCAAACCACAUUUAAACAAUUCUAAUCUACAGACGAUUAUUUUUAAAAAGCCUAUCGUGGAUUUAGUUUUUAAAAAAUUUGUUUAGUUUGUGAAGGUGCCUUGAAAUCUUAAAGUAAGGCAAAUAUGCAAAAAAAAAAAUGAUUUUGUAUUAUAGAUAUAAAUAUUUUUCUAUGUUGUGAACCUGUUCAUAGAGGAAUAAAGAAAAUAUUGUAUGAAAUAAAUCUAAUGUUUGUGAAAAUUAAAAUAUAAUUAAUUGUCCUAUGACUGAGUUUUGUUUCUGUUAGUUCUUUUCCAAAAUUUUCUAUAAAAGAUGUUACCUAACCCCGAGUAUACACUUUUGUAAUAAAACAUGUGUGCUGAAUUGAAAA